GUGAAAGUGAAAGUAAAGUGUGAAACUCCACCGCCCUUUAUUUCUGGAACAGACGUCGUGUUACAUUCUGUUCGUUGAUAAAUUAGCCUUUCGACUGUUUUGGUUUAUUUUUCUAAACUCCUAAUAGUUUUAUUCACCAGUUACAAACAGCUUUACCUUGGAGUCAGACUUGUUUUGUAGUGAAAUGAAGACCUUUCCGACCUCGGCGGUCUGGUGUUUAGGGAUUCUGUUCAUCAGUGUUUCAUUGAUAACGACAGGGUCGUCUGAGGUUGUUGGACCGGCUGACCCAGUCGUUGCCUUAGCUGGUGAUGACAUCAUUCUACCAUGUUCCCUGAAACCCAGUGUCAGUGCUGAGGAGAUGGUAGUGGAGUGGACAAGAUCGAACCUGAGAAAAGAAAACGUCCAUCUUUACCGUCAAGGUCGAGACUCCAAUGAGGACCAGUCUCCAUCCUACAGUGGAAGGACAUCAAUGUUUCAUGAAGAACUGAAGAACGGCAACGUCUCCUUAAAGCUGACCAGAGUUACUCUCUCUGAUGCUGGAAGAUACAGGUGCUUCAUUCCAACACUGACCAGCCAGGUGAAGGAAACCACCGUUCAACUCCUUGUUGGUGCUGUAUCUCAGCCAGUGAUCUCUAUUGAUGGAACCAAAGGCUGGGGGGUGGUCCUGAAGUGUGAGUCUGGAGGCUGGUUUCCUGAACCUGAGAUGGAGUGGCUGGACAGUUCUGGAACCAUCCUCCCUGCUGAUGGACCUCCAGAGAUACACAGGGAGGAGGACCUCUACGCUGUGAGACGACAUGUCACCGUGAACCAGACUGACACCAACAGGUUCACCUGUAGAGUUAAACAGCCGGAGAUCAACCACCUGAAGGAGACAGAGAUUCAUGUCCCAGAUGAGGUGUUUCCUAAAUCACAAGUAGGGUUUAUUGUUGGUCUAAUAGCAGCAGCUGUUGUAGUUCUUACAGCUUCAGCUGGUGGUGUCUACUGGUGGAGAAAACAUAAAGAGAAGCAAAGACAACGAUUGGAAGAACUAUGUGAUGCCUGGUUUGUGGACAGACACAAGGAUGACCUCAUUCAGAGGGUUUCCGAGGGGAAAUCCAUAGCAUCUGAGCUGCACAAGAAGGACUUGAUCCCUGAUGAGAUGAACUCUCAGAUCAGUGCUGCCGGGACCAGACAGGACCAGAUGAGACUGUUGUUCAAGGCCCUAGAAGAAGCAGAAAACACAACAAGAGUGAAAUCAGCAUUUUACAGGAUUCUACUGCGUCUGGAACCUUAUCUAGUCUAUCACCUGGAGGAGCAAAGACAACGAUUGGAAGAACUACGUGAUGCCCAGUUUGUGACCAGACACAAGGAUCACCUCAUUCAGAAGGUUUCCAAGGGGGAAUCCAUAGCAUCUGAGCUGCACCAGAAGGACUUGAUCCCUGAUGAGAUGAACUCUCGGAUCAGUGCUGCCAGGACCAGCCAGGACCAGAUGAGACUGUUGUUCAAGGCCCUAGAAGAAGCAGAAGACACAACAAGAGUGAAAUCAGCAUUUUACAGGAUUCUACUGGAUCUGGAACCUGACCUUGUCAAGGACCUGAAGAAGAAGCAAAGACAACGAUUGGAAGAACGACGUGAUGCCUGGUUUGUGGACAGACACAAGGAUCACCUCAUUCAGAAGGUUUCCAAGGGGAAAUCCAUAGCAUCUGAGCUGCACCAGAAGGACUUGAUCCCUGAUGAGAUGAACUCUCAGAUCAGUGUUGCUGCUACCAGCCAGGACCAGAUGAGACUGUUGUUCAAGGCCCUAGAAGAAGCAGAAAACACAACAAGAGUGAAAUCAGCAUUUUACAGGAUUCUACUGGAUCUGGAACCUGACAUUGUCAAGGACCUGGAGAAGCAAAGACAACGAUUGGAAGAACUACGUGAAGCCCUGUUUGUGGACAGACACAAGGAUGACCUCAUUCAGAAGGUUUCCAAGGGGAAAUCUAUAGCAUCUGAGCUGCACCAGAAGGACUUGAUCCCUGAUGAGAUGAACUCUCAGAUCAGUGCUGCCGGGACCAGCCAGGACCAGAUGAGACUGUUGUUCUUGGCCCUAGAAGAAGCAGAAAACACAACAAGAGUGAAAUCAGCAUUUUACAGGAUUCUACUGGAUCUGGAACCUGACAUUGUCAAGGACCUGGGUCUAUUUAACCUCUUUGGUAAGUAGUGUGUUUGUGUCUGAUGUUCCUACCUGUCUGUCUUUGUUCCUGUCCAUCUGUUCUGGUUGCAAGAUGAAUUUAUAUCCCCCCCCCCAUCCCUAAAUAUAUACUGUAUAUUUUAUAUUCAUAUAUUUAACCUUUUUUAACUAGGAAAGUCAGUUCAGAAUAAAUUGUUAUUGACAUAGACGUCCUACCAAAAGGCUAAAGGACUCCUGCUGGGACGGGGCUGGGAUUAAAAAUACAAAACAAAUAUAGGACAAAACACACAUCACGACAAGAGAGACAACACAACACUACAUACAGAGAUACCUAAGACAACAACACAGCAUGGUAGCAACACAUGA